GCAUUGCAUUCUGUAGUACAGCAAUGCGCUGACACUUAACACUUCUUUGGGAGAAAAGGUCUUCUCACUGCCUCAUCUUGUGCUAACAUGAAUUCCAAUAAAGCUUCACAUUUCUAUUCACCCGCACCGCUUCACGCAGCUACCAUGUUUCCCGAAUCGUCGUUCGCAGCUGGUCAGUUUUUUCAUGGUCCUGCCGUUUUGCAAGGUAUCUGCAAUGAUUGCGGUGAUUGUGUCUCAUCCUUUCCUUCCAAAUCGCCAGGAUGGACUGGCUCUCAGCCAAGUUAUCGACAACAGCUGUCCUGCCCGCGGUGUUCUGCGUGGUGCUUUGCCACUAAUUGGUGCACCAAUUGCGGCGAAUUGUUACUCGGUUCCGAUCUACGUCCAUCUGACCCUGACGAUUGUAUCACCAACUGCGCCACACUAGGUUGCGAAAAAAUGCCCCCACCUGAGCCCAUUACCAGUGCUUCUGAUGAACAAUGUAAAGGCUUCCCGCCACCAUCCCUGGGCUACUCUCCGACGCAUCAGCGGUGUUUCCAAACUACUAGUUCUCCACCCGCUUAUUCACACGAUAAUGCGGCAAACAUAGCCAUGAGGUCUUCGAUCAACGACAUAUCGUCUGUUUUCUCAGACUUAACCCACGACUUUACAAAUGGGGGAGGCGCUUUGUCACCCGCUGCCACUAACCGGUGUAAUCAGCUUUAUUAUUUAAUUCAAGCCCGCGUUUCUUCAGACACUGCACAACUAGAGGCAUUGCGCUCCAAUUUCAAUGUAAUGAGUUUACAACCGGGAUCUUUAACAACCUUAGGAGAUUUAACAUCCGAAAGUCCAAGCCGCAGAGGGUGCAGUGUUCCACUGGUCACCUGGGGACCUGAACUCUAUUCAGAAGAUAUUCAAACUGGUUCGGCCGCAUCCCGAUUUUGUCGUCAACGCUGCGUUUCCGGACCGGUCAGCAGUUCCAGCUGGUCCGAAGAUUGUAGACUUCAUUCUGAGCACCGAACUGCCCAUCUAAUUCCAGCAGCUCAUCAAGUGGUAAACUAUGAUUCUUUCAUUCAUCCUGUUUCCCUGAGCUUACAUCCGGGCCCUCCGUUCUCGAUAGGUCUUCAAAACAUCUGGUGGCCUCUAACUCAAGAGAUAGACAAGACAUAUUCAUCGAACAGUUUUCAGCCGCAUUUCAACCAUAUACAAGGAGCGAUUAGUCCUUCUUUGGGCGUGUGCAACCAGUUUACAUGUUGUCCUGUUUCCCAACCUGAACAUUUUACGAAAGCACGUCGGAAAUCAAAACGCAACUAUCGCCGUCUCAAGUAUUUAUCCGAAUGUUCACAAACCCCGCCUGAUGCGUUCGUCAUCUUUGGCAACGAUACGGCUCCUUCAUCCAAUACCCACAUUCCUAGUACGGACUCUGAUUUCCAUCAAGCUAGACAUGCCAUACCCACCACAGCCUCACACGGUCCCAACCAGCGGUUUUGUAGCUGGCCAUCUUCACGACCCGUUUGGCUCGCUCACGAUUCCUUCCUAACAAAAACAAAGCGUAGCAAAUGUACACGUUCUGGGACCUUCGUUUCUCGAGUUAAUCAGACAAGGCGAAAGAACCCACACGAUAGACAGCGAGAUCAUGGGCUUGGAUCGAGUCAUCCAAACGAAUUGAUAUCCAAACAGGAGGAAACAUGUUCAGAGUAUCCUGUUCCCGAAGAAUCCCGAGAUGCUGACCGCUUGGACCUUGUAAACUCUACAGCUCCAGUACUUAUGCGAGCAGAGUCUUCCUGUAUUCACUCAAGUAAUUCCGAAGCCAGUGCGGAACUUAAUUUGGCACUGGAUGACCAGCCGACUUGGUCACGCCUACCUGAUGAAUUGUGGCUGCGCAUCAUCGAACCCCUUCCGACGGCGGAUCGCGCUCGCCUUGCGCUCACAUGUCGACGCUUGUCUCAUAUGGUAGUUGAUCGUUCUCUAUGGAGAGUGAUUCAACUCCACCGGCGCCAGCAUCUGGAUAACACUGCUUUGGCUUCGAUUGGGCGGUUACGGCCACGCGAGCUCCAUCUGUCCUAUUGUCAUGGAGAUAAAAUAGCUGAAGAAAAUCUGCGGCAACUGUUCCGGGCAUGCGGUUCCGAAUUGAAGAAACUCUCCUUCGUCGGGUGCACAAAGGGGUUGUUCGAUGGGGAUCUCACUUUGCUUCUGGCUGCUGAGCACUGUCCCAAUCUGAGCCACAUCGAUGCCAGCUAUACUCAGUCGGUUCGGGAUCACACAGUAAUCGCUCUGGCCAGAUCUCUAUCGCACCUGACUAGCCUGAAAUUGAAUGGAGCCCGACAAAUUAGCAACACUGCGAUUGAACAUCUAGUGCAGUAUCGCGAAAGCACUUUGCAAAGGCUCGAACUCUUUGGAUGCUUUCGGCUGAAUUCUGACAUCUUCACCCUACUUGGUCGAUGCCAGCAGCUGCGCGCACUCGCUUUUGGCCAUCUGUACCAUCUGUCCUCGGACGGCUUAUUGGAGCUUGUUAGCAAACUUCCUCUUCUUGCAUCCUUGGACCUGCGCGGUACACAAGCUCUUGCCAAUGACUCGAAUCUAACUCGACUGGCUGACAAAUGCCCACAUCUGGAAGAGGUUGUUUUGGCCAACAUGCGGUCACUAAAGCAUGAAGCUGGAAUUGCCCAGAUGUUGCGUCGCUUACCCCGACUGCGCGUGUUGGACUUAUGUGGACUUGCUGCUGUGGGCGACUUAACCAUGGAAGCCCUGGCUACCUGCUGUCCCUGUUUGGAGGAAUUGGAUGUCAGCUGCACUUCAAUUACACAUAAAGGCUUAUCAUAUCUUAUCGAAACUCCAGCGAAAUGCCUACGCUGUUUGCGGAUUAGUCGUUGUCGUGAGAUUACCGAAGAUGUGUUGGAAAAACUAGUUCAAGCUUGCUCAAGAUUGACAUUACUCUACGCGUAUGACUUCAAAUCGAUCAAAGAUUGGAGUUUUCUCCAGAAGUUGCGCCCUACCAUACUUAUCGAAAGUGAUUGCUGAUUGUCUAUAUGAACUGUUUUCAUUGCUCACUUUGACUGAAGCUUCCCGCCAAGUUUAUCCCACUCCUUAUCUAUACCUUUAAAAAUUUUUAAACGGUUUUGCUCCGGUGAUUUCACCUGUCCGGCUUGUAUGUACGACCGGUUUCGCUAUCUUAUCCACUCUUAUGGGUUUCCCUAUUUAAUGCCUAUUUUCAUUCCAUCUUGCUGCGUAAACGCCCACUGCAGUCCUACUUUUUAUCGUUUCUCGGAUCAGUACGAUACUUCGCAUCCAGUCCUAUUUGGUGUAUAAGCGCUUUCACUCACUUGGUUACCUUUACACAAGUAAAUUAUUCACCGAAUUUCCCCGUCUUAUACAUGUUUUCCUUUUGUGUUCGUUUCUCU